AUGACGGCUACAGUAUCAAUUGCCCCUGUGUGGUUAUACCAACCCCAGCGGCCAGAAAUUCUUCAGCAGCUCGUCAGGCUCAGUCAUGAAGAGCAUGCCUUUGUCGCAUUGACCAAUGACUCGUACGAUUUAAUUGGGUACCUUGCUGAUGGCUACCAGGUAUCGCCUAUCUACUGCGCCGGGUCUCAUCUGCAGGGCCAGACUUGGUUCAAUCGCCUGGACCAGGUUGGGUGGCUGGUUAUCGAGGGAGACACCGCCUAUCUGUACCCGUUAUUCAAAGUGACGCCAACAGGUGGUGACUACAUCAGCGCGAUCACCUCUACUUACUGUAGACCCAGUGCGCAAGGUGAUCCACUGCCGACGUGGUUGCUGGAGGACUUACUGAACAAAACGCCAAUCGAAUUCUAUCCCGCGCCUUUUCCAUUCGGUUACCCACCCCCUGUCUAUCCCCAGGCCGUCGCCCCCUCGAUGCCAAGUGUUGUCGCAGCAUAUCCCUUAGAUUCCCUCCAGCCACCCGCUCCCUUUGACGCUGUGUCCACAUCGAGCAUGGAGCCGAACGACAUGGAUUACAACUUCUGGGGUUUGUCCACUAUCGCCUCUGCCAGCGGCAUCGGCGAGUUCACAGGGCCAGAUGAACCAAACGAGGCGCCUGUCGAGGAGCUGGCCCUUGGCAGCUUUCAUUCCGACCUGAAAUGGAGAAGCUCUGCCUCCGGCCAGUGGGGUGCCUUGAACAAGGCACAAAGAGCCGCCCUCACCCAUGAAAUGAGGAAUUCGCCCUGGUGGCGCAUUGUGAUGCUUACGAGGUUCCUUUUCAUUGGAGGUUUGUGGGUGGGGGAAAAUCUACACCCGUUUAGCACUACGCCCUUGGACGUGAGGCGUUCGGUCACUAAUUGCUUUCUCACCGCGCUUGAUAUGGUUGGUACGACCUACGAGGAAAUACUUACAGAGCCAGUGCACAUUACGUUCGCUACUGGGGAAUCCAUCGCUGCCGGAUGGCCGGUAUUCCGCGUGAAUGUACGCCUGCUCUUAUCUUUUCUCCCUCCUAACCAACGAAAGCAGCUAUCCAAGUCCCUCAAGAAUACAAAAUCGGACCUGAAGAAGGUAGUCAAAGGUGCGAUGUCGCCGCUCACCAACUUCUGCGCCGAGGGCAAGAUACUGGAGAGGAUUACCUACUUCAUUUCACUUUUGGAAUCUGGCGAUGUCCAUCAAGUGCAACGGGCCAUUCAAGAGCUUACGGUACACCAAUUAUUCAGAGAGCUUCUCUGGGCGUCGCUUUUUCAGCCAAUCAAGAGGUUAGCGAAUGAACACGAACAAGGGAGGAUAGCGGAUCUCUAUCCAGAGCAGAUCUUUUCGAGGUACAAGUGCUUGGCGCAAAAGCCAGUGUGCAACCUCUUGACCUUUCUCUAUUAUACCAUGACUUCGAUCAAGAGUGAUAGCAACUCAGAUGACACCGAACACCCUCGACCAGAAGAAAUGCGCGGCAUUUUGAUUUCAGCCUCGAACGAAAUGUACGAGCAGCCUCAUUUGUUUCCUCCGUUCACACAGGCAGUGAGGACCCUCCCCUUCCUAACGGGACAUAACAUUCUGGGCAUCUGCAAGGGGCAACUUCCUAUGUACCUCCCUGAUAGGACCAGAAGAAGAAAUAUGUCGGACGUGGUGGACAUCGAAACCCACCCAGUUGGAGGGGCAUUCGAUGAUGUUCCAAACAAUCUGGAGGGCGAAUCCGGAGCAGUCGCAGGCUGUACCUUUGCCGAGGCAAGUAAGGAAGAAAAAGUCGUGGACCUGAUCUCCGAAGUUGAUAAGAGGUACAGGCAGGUUCCCCCAUUUGGGCCAGCAACCGUUAGGCGGUUUUCUGCCGUCGACAGGCAGGCAAAGGAGUCUGCUAAACGGGCGGGAAAUGACAUGGAGAAUGGCGUUGGCCAGGGCAGUACGACUCAAGGGUUUAAGGCAGGCGCCAAUUCUAAAGGCAAACAGAAGGCGAAUCCGGAGCAAUCGCAGGCUGUACCUUUACCGAGGCAAGUAAGGAAGAAAAAGUCAUUUAACUUUCAUACAUACAAGUUUCACGCGCUGGGGGAUUACGUGGCUUCCAUUCGUCGGUUUGGCACCACGGAUUCCUACAGCACAGAACCAGGAGAGUUGGAACACCGUACGCCAAUUCUCUUUAAACGUAACCGGAUUUACCACCAUAAUUUAACUAUACCACAUACUACGUCCGAGGGGCACACGGUUGGCAGGAGUACUAGGUCAAUAGUUGUAUUAGCUUCGUUGAUCGAGAUACGCUUAUGCGAUUUCACCAUGGCCUUGGUGUGGGGCAUGUCUACUCCCAUCAGGCAGCCUUACAUGAAGGUCACAGCUUGGCGCCACAGCCCAGUCUCACUCAAACAGCUGCCCAAAUGGAAGAUGGACGUUUCGAAGGAUGAGUUGGACGAGGAGGUACCGAGUAUCAAGCAGCGGCAGCCACAGCAGGGUCUUGAUGCGAAGCCGAACGAAACUAGGAACGAUUGA